AUGAUACAUAACGGGACGGAUCACGACUCAAAUACGGUCGACAUAUCAACCGAACUACUGGAUAUCCUCCUCGCUCCACCGGUUGCAAUACCCACUUCGCCAAUAAUCGCAACAUCAAUCGACACUCAACCACACGAUCUAGAUGCACUCAACCAAGAUCAACACCUCAAACCGUCACUACCAACGGACUAUUCGACUUAUUCACCCUCAAAGAACCAGUCUCAUCGUAAACGGAUCACGACGGCUGAUGUUCGUAAAGCUGAAUGGACGUUCAGAAACAAAUUGUUGGGUGCUCCUGGUGUGAGCUUUAAUCUUCUGCCUGUACAUCCAUUGGGAAUUGUAGACAUCAAGAAGCCUGAUUUCAAUGCUAUUCCUGAACUGGCCGAUCCACCGCCGUUGAUCCAGUCGGAGGAUGAUGAUCAACCUGAAAUCAAACCAACACCGUUCUCUUCGACAAGCCAUGUGGAUCCAACAGACAUGAUCCUACCAAUCCUGAAACGAACGGCAACCCACAUCAACUCUCUCUCAUGGAUUGCCCAGGCUGAGCAAGACGACCUGGCUAAAAUAUUCAUGUCUGAAGUCAUUCGCCGGUACCAGGAGCUUCGGGAAUCUCUAGUUCAGCAAAACGAGUUCUCGUCUCCACAAAUUAAUAUGCUCAUGUCAUUGAUUCUGGAGAAAGUGUCAGAUCAGUCAGAGUUGGCAUUGGAGCGGUGCAGGCAACGUCGAAAACAGAUGGACUCAUUGGGUGUGUUGGGAGCUGAAGCUAACAGGGGGAGGGUUUGUGCCUUGUAUCGUCUGGAGCUUAGUAGGAGGAUUGUCUUACGGAACCUACUCGCAUCCGUAAUGAACGAUAUCACCCACGGCAUUGCCAUACUCGACGUAGAUCCAGACUGGCAACAGCUCUUCAUCUCCCAACUAUCAGACCUCCAAGAUCGACUACCUGCAAACCAACAUGUCGACCUCCCAGAAGAUCCAGAAGACAUUAAACUCCUCCACGAAAAAUACCGUAAAGAACGACUCCUACAACCAUUAGAAACCCUCCAUCGUCAUCUCGGACAGGCAGAACGAGAAGAAAUUAUGAAGAAAUACGGAACGAUUUUGUCUGAUUUAGGAGGCCUGUUGAAUUCACAACCGCAAAAGAUAAUGUCUCAAGAUCAUGAACGUGCGAGACGGACUCUACGUGAUGGUAAUACGGGCAGAGAUCACGCAGAUGAUAGGACAUUGACCGGUGCUAGUGAUGAAGAUAUGGAUGACGCAGAACUUCAUUUGUCGACCAUGAAUGAAUUCUCAUUGCUUAUGAGGAACGAUCCGAUAUUGGAGGCUCAUGCUACUACUACCACGUUCAAUAGGAGGAAGCAUGAUGAUAGUAAGCCUCGUCCUCCACGGAAGAGAUAUUUACCAUCUAGCAAUUUCAAACCGGAUCUGAUGACCUCGUAUGAUUAUAGCAUUAUUGAUGAGAUUCCGGUCUCAGCUAUACCCCCGGCUCCUCCAAUUCCAGAUUACAUUCCAGUAAUGGCGCCUGAUGGUACAGUGCUGAGAGCAUCUCCAUUUCGUGUCUCAAAGCGAACUCCUAAAGGAUCAGUAUCUAUUGAUCCUUCACCUCCACUGGUCGUGAGUGAAUUUAGUGGAAUGAUUGAUCAAGCUGCUCUUGAGGCCUUGGAUGGACGGCUGGCUCGUUACAAAGAAGUUGAAGAACUAUAUGAUGAAGUUAUGAAGACUUUGACUGGUCGGAAUUGGCAAACGGAUGUUGCAAAGGAAGAAGACUCUGGAAGUUGUCCUGCUGCACCGUUCGAACCUGGAAUGCCAAUGAGCUAUGCAUUCCAAGGCCUAGCAAUACCGAAAAGGCAAAUAAUGGCAGCAGCAGCCGCAGCCAAUGGUACUUCAGCAACAACAGCAGAUGCACCAUCAUCACCACAAUCUGGAAGACCUCAUUCAGGAGGUCCAGAAAUACGACUUCGAACAAUGUUAGCAACCGGACCAUCAGUAACGCCAUCCGAGUAUCUCCGUAAUCGUAAAUCUGCCAUGGCAAAGACACCGUCUAGUCGUGCCGCCACACAUACCAAAUUCAAUUUUGGUGGUUAUGUACCUGCAGAUGUAGCUGACGAGUUACGGCAUCCUUCAGAUGAUGCAAAUCAAGUCAGCAUUGUAGACUAUAUCGAUUACUUGAAGACUCGAGCGUGCGAUUUUAUACUUGAAAUUAUGGUUGAUGCUGAUGAAGAUGAAGAAGCGUAUCGACGCUUUGUUGAAGAGCAAGAUAAAUUACGGAAAGAGGAACGUGAGCAGGAGCAAGUUGUCAAACAACAAAAGGCACAUGCAGCUCGAUAUGAGAGACGUCGUCAAAUGACGUCGUAUAGUGAUGGUAACUGGAAUCCGUUGAUUAUGGAAUACUUUGAAGAGUUGAAGAAUAAUGAGGUACCACCUGAAUUGGAGUCUGACGUAGUAUCACCCAAAGAGAAUCUUCAGGGUAGUGGUGGCAGUGUAAAUAAGAGCGCUGGUACCUUCCAACGAUCGAAAUCUAUAACAAAGCAUUCCAAACCGGAUGUCGGAAGUAGUACCAAUACGUCGGCAACAAAAGAACCUCCACGUAAUCGCAGCAACUCGUCAAAUCUGGGUAAUAAAAAGUCAACUAAUAGUGUGACAGGCAGCAACUUUUCCAACGCAUCGACCUCAUCACGCAAUACAGCCGAACCAACAAAUCUACGACCGUUCCCAUCCAUGAUCAACAUCCACCGUGCCCAAGAAGACCUCCGCAAGAUAUGGAAUGACCUGAAAAUGACGUUUGGUGAACAGUGUCGUAUGGCUGCUAUAUAUGGAUCACAUCGAUACUCGUCAAAGCUGGAAGCUACCGUGCUGAUAUGGAAGGAGGCUGGUAAACGGGUGCUGGAACGAGAAGCAGUACUGUCUAAACUGUGUCAGUUUGAGAAGGAAGCGUCGAAUCCUGAACGAUUGUUUGGACAUGGUCAUGAUGUGUCUAGUGAGAUACGGAUGGCUGAGGCUAGCAGGAGAGAGGAAUUGUUGGGCGAGCUUGCUAGUAUGGAGGAAGGCGUUUUGGCUGCUGCAAAGACUUUGAAGAGUCAGCUGAAGGAGGCCCUUACUUAUGAAGGGGUCGUAUACGCAGACAAAAUGAUUCACGAUGUGACAGACUUGAUAUACCAUGCUGCUGGACAUAAGAGUCGGCCAACAUCUGGGAGAGAAGCUAAACCGAGGCUACCACCCAUACCAGAUGCAACACCGAAGUAA